GAGCUCGCGCGGCCAUUCUGUUAGAACGAGGCUGUCAUAGUCUGGAGUGGACGUGCUUCUUCUCUCUACGCUGAAUCUAAGGAAGGAACACACGCCUGCUUGUUAGCCACAGAGAACCGUGCCUGUAGCCGCGUCGCGUCUUCUCUCUAAGCCGAACCAACCAACACUGAAUUCGCAUUAAAUAUGUCUAAUAUCGUUUGUUGUCAAACGCCUCAGGUUAUAAUGUAUGACCAACACAGAAUAAGUACAACUCUAUAGCCAACGGGAUCCCGAGGACUUGAUUACAGUCGCUUCAAGCCUGAUAGUUUGUCCGUGCGGCUGCACCUCCUCUCCCGACCAGGUUCGUGUCGUCAGCUGGCAUUUCUUCUGACAGUUUCCCGUCCCUCUCAACGGCUAAAGAAGACUUAGUUUCCCUGGGAUCUCAGUCUGCUUUGUCUACCUUUAAUUCCUGUUCUACUCUCAGCAGUGGCGCAUCCCUGGAUUUGCAUUAUUCUCGAUUAGGAAAGCUAUUAAAAUUCACCAAGAUGAUUCCAAACGGUUAUUUGAUCUUUGAGGAUGAAAGUUUCCUGGAUUCCACCGUGGCCAAAAUGAAUGCUCUGAGAAAGAGUGGUCAGUUCUGUGAUGUUAGACUGCAGGUGUGUGGUCAUGAGCUGAUGGCACACCGUGCCGUUCUAGCUUGCUGCAGUCCCUACCUGUUUGAGAUCUUUAAUAGUGAUAUCGAGUCUCAUGGAGUCUCGCAUGUCACUUUUGAGGACUUGGACCCAGAGGCUGUGGAGAUCUUGCUCAACUAUGCCUACACUGCCAAACUAAAGGCAGAUGAAGAGCUGGUCAAGGAAGUUUAUUCAGCAGCCAGGAGGUUCAAGAUGGAGCGGGUCAAACAGAUUUGUGGCGACUACCUGUUGUCCAAAAUGGAUUCCCAGGGUGCCAUCUCGUUUCGCAACUUUGCCAGCUCAAUGGGAGAUGCCAGAGUUUUGGCCAAGGUGGACGCCUUCAUCCAAGACCAUCUACUGGAAGUGUCUGAACAGGAGGAUUUCCUCAGACUUCCCCGACUCAAGUUAGAAGUAAUGCUAGAAGACAACCUGACUCUGCCCAGCAAUGGCAAGCUUUACUCAAAGGUGCUCAGUUGGGUGCAGCGUAGCAUUUGGGAGAAUGGAGACCAACUGGAACGACUGAUGGAGGAGGUGCAAACGCUGUACUACUCACCUGACCAUAAGCUGGUGGAUGGAGGGCUGGUGAUUGAGGGGCACAGUGAGGUGUUUGGUAGCGAGGAGGACCACCGUCAGUUUGUGCAGAAGAAACCCGUACGUGAGAACACCCAGAGACAGAUGAGCUGCAGCUCCUCAGGAAGCCUGUCGCCCACCAACCAAGCAUCGAAUGCCCCUAAACACACCACCAGGAGAGACUGGAAGUACAUCGCCUCAGAGAAGACCACAAACAACACCUAUCUGUGUCUGGCUGUGCUGGACGGUGUGCUGUGUGUGAUCUUCUUGCACAGCCGCAGCACCCCUCAGACCUCUCCCUCUGCCACCCCCUGCCUGAUGAAGAGCCUCAGCUUCGAGGCCCAGCCUGAGGAGCUGGAGGAGCAGCCGCUCUCUCCCAUGCACUACGCUCGCUCAGGCCUGGGCACCGCAGCCCUGAAUGGAAGACUCAUCGCAGCAGGAGGUUACAACAGAGAGGAGUGUCUGAGGACUGUGGAGUGUUAUGACCCCAAAGAGGAUCGCUGGACCUUCAUGGCUCCCAUGCGGACUCCAAGGGCUCGAUUCCAGAUGGCCAUACUCAUGGGUCAGCUGUACGUUAUUGGAGGAUCGAAUGGGCAGUCUGAUGAGCUGAGCUGCGGAGAGACGUACGACCCACAUGCUGACGAGUGGGCUCAAAUGCCAGAGCUGCGGACCAACCGCUGCAAUGCAGGUGUGUGCUCCUUGAACAACAAACUCUAUGUUGUGGGAGGGUCGGACCCCUGUGGGCAGAAGGGCCUGAAGAACUGUGAUGCAUUUGACCCCAUCACCAAAACCUGGUCCAACUGUGCCUCCCUUAACAUUCGGAGGCACCAGGCAGCAGUGUGUGAGUUAGACGGCUUCAUGUAUGUGAUCGGCGGGGCAGAGUCGUGGAACUGCUUGAACACUGUGGAACGCUACAACCCCGAGAACAACACCUGGACCCUGGUUGCCCCCAUGAAUGUGGCUCGCAGGGGAGCCGGCGUUGCCGUCCAUGCAGGCAAACUGUUUGUCAUCGGCGGCUUCGACGGCUCUCACGCGCUCCGCUGCGUGGAGAUGUACGACCCCGCCCGCAACGAGUGGAAGAUGUUGGGCAGCAUGACUUCGUCGCGCAGCAAUGCAGGUGUGGCCAUGCUGGGCGAGACCAUCUAUGCCGUGGGCGGCUUCGACGGAAACGAGUUCCUCAACACGUUGGAAGUGUACAACACCGAGACCAACGAGUGGAACGACUGUGCCAAGACCCUGUCUCCUCUUUCCGACUGAAGACGCGUGGAUGACGAGGGAGGGAGGAGGGAGGGAGAGAAGAAGGGGUUGGAGGGUUUCACAGUGCUUCACCUUUUCCCCAAACUAACAGGCUUAGUGACGUAAUCGUGUUUCGUGAUGUUCUGUGUGUGUGUGUGAGUGGAUAUGUGUGGGUGUGGGUGGGGAUGGGGUUGGACGUAAGGGUUCUUCAGUGAAGACCUUUCUGCAAGAGGGGAGGGAGGGUUGUUGCCCAGAGCAACAUGAAGCCUUUUCAUAUUGCAUACAAUUUUCUUUUCUUUUGUGCUGUACAUAUUUGUUCUUCCUCAUUUUUUUUGUCAUAUGCCAACAUUUAAUACACAUUUAAUUUAGUGCUUUUCUUUUUCUCUAAGAGUUGAAAGGUUUGUCACAAUUUAUCAAGGGGUUUCAGAAAACGAUCUCCUCUUUGGAAGGUCAUAGUUUAGUGUAGUGGUGAUGAAAGUUGAGUUUAUUUAACAAGAUUUCUGUUUUUGGAAACAAAGCUUUGCUCACACAGUUUUAAAAAGUCAGUGGUUUUGAAGCCUUACAGAGUCAUGGCUUUUUUGUGUCAUUUGAAUCGAGCUGGAUUGCUUUUCUGAAUCAAAAAUAACAAUGGCCUUUUUUAUAUUUUUUUAUACACUGCUAAUUUACCAAUAAAAUAAAAGUAGUAGCAAACAGCUUAAGUAAGUCAAUGAAUCUAACCAGUGCCAGUUUAAGUUAAACGUUUUCAUGCAUGCACAACCAUGCUUCCGCUAACCAAACCUUUGUUAUUGUGAUUUUUAACUGAUGUAUUUAGAGAUGCAGUUUACUGAAAAUCCUUCCCCCCCCCCCGCCCUUGUGUUUUAAAGUGUCAGGCAUUGGCAGAUUCUUCAGGAAGGAGUGAGCGAUAAAUUGAUCACAUUUGUAACAUUUCUUAAUUAAUAAAUCAUUACAAUCUGA